AUGACUGGCAAACUGUUGGAUAAACUCUCGGUAAAUAUGACAUCGCUGUUAUCGGAUUCCCUUUACCCUGAAGAGGGACAGGACCUGCACGGACCCUUGAAUUUAUACUCAGGCGGAGGCAAUGACCAGCACUACUCAGCCAUGUCUGCAGAUAAUGUAAUGGACUUAAAUCUCACCAAUGAGAAGAGCUCACAGGAUCUCUCUUACUCUGGCAGCUUCCAACCUGGAAACAAAACUGUCACAUACCUAGGCAAGUUCUCUUUUGACUCACCCUCAAACUGGUGCCAGGAGAAUAUUAUCAGCCUAAUGAGUGCGGGUAUCCUUGGAGUGCCAACUUCACAAGCUCAAAGUGGCAAUAAUGGGGGAGGAGGUGGCAUCAUGGGACAGAGUCAGGGAGAUGUAGAGUCUAUGUUCCACAGUUUGCCACCAUAUGCUAGCUGUGGAGAUUUGUACCAUGAGCAAGUAGGCUUCCAAGGAGGUGGCAUGAGUUCCUAUACCACCCAGGAGUACCAAUCUACAAAGCAAAGUUUGGACUCUAGUGUUUUUCCAAUGAUACCAGACUAUAAUCUAUUCCACCAUAACUCAGAUAUGCCCACUGUGGACCAGAAGCCCUUUCAAAAUAUGGAGGCAAUGAGAGUAAACCCACCUCCAAUUACACCACUGGAAACUAUUAAAGCCUUCAAAGAAAAGCAGGUGUUACCCAGUUUUGGGGGCAUGAGCCAUCAGCCUCUUACUCUUAAACCAAUUCGCCCAAGGAAAUACCCCAACCGUCCAAGCAAAACUCCUCUCCAUGAGCGGCCCCAUGCCUGCCCUGCUGAAGGCUGUGACCGACGAUUCUCGCGUUCAGAUGAGCUGACUCGCCACCUUCGCAUACACACCGGGCACAAGCCCUUCCAAUGUCGCAUCUGCAUGAGGAGUUUCAGCCGUUCUGACCAUCUAACCACCCAUAUCCGCACGCACACAGGUGAGAAGCCAUUUGCUUGUGAUUUUUGCGGACGUAAAUUUGCACGAAGUGAUGAGAGGAAACGACAUGCCAAGAUUCAUCUCAAGCAGAAGGACAAGAAAGGAGGAGACAAGGCCAUUUGUUCGCCUUCAGUUGGAGGGGCAACACCAGUUACAACCUGUGCUUAA